AUGACUGAGCAUGGGAUUGUGUUUGAAGAUAUUUACAACUUUGAUGAAGCUGGGUUUGCAAUGGGGCUCUGUGCAACUACCAAGGUCAUUACUAGUGCUGAGCACUACGGACGAGCAACUCUUAUACAGCCUGUGAAUCGUGAGUGGGUGACUGCAAUUGAGUCAGUCAACGCGUCAGGAUGGGCCCCUCCGCCGUAUAUUAUCCUCAAAGGUCACAAUAUUCAGGAAGGCUGGUUUGACGGGCUGCCGGAAGGCUGGAGAUUGGACGUUAGUCCUAAUGGCUGGACCACAGAUGAGAUAGGAAUCAAAUGGCUUACACGGCUGUUUAUUCCAGCUGCAAAUCCACGCAGGGUUGGAACCCAUAUUCUUCUUAUUCUGGACGGGCACGGCAGUCAUCUUACUCCGGAAUUUGACCAAAUCUGCAGUGAGAAUAAGAUUAUUCCUCUCUGCAUGCCACCACAUUCUUCACACCUUUUGCAGCCACUAGAUGUGGGUGUUUUUGCACCUUUAAAGCGCGCGUACGGAACCCUAGUUGAACAGCGAAUGCGGCUAGGAUUCAACACCAUUAAGAAGACAGAUUUCCUAGAUGCCUAUCCUGCAGCACGUCGGGAAGCCUUCAAGGCUUCAAACAUUCAAAGUGGGUUCAGGGCCACUGGAAUAGUUCCAUUGGAUCCUCAAUGCGUUGUUCAGCAGCUGAAUAUUCAACUCCGAACCCCUACUCCCCCAGCCAGCAGGUCAAGCAAUUCAACGUCAUCCUGGAUCCUACAAACACCUAGUAACCCCCGGCAAUUGCAGAAGCAGGUGAAUAAGGUCAGAAAUCUUAUGGAUCAGGAUCAACCUCAUGGGUUAGUGGAAGGCUUUGACCAAAUAAUCAAGGCCUGCGAAUACGGGAUGGUCAGCGCCAUGGUUAUGAAGAAGCAGUAUGAGGAUAUUUUCAAUGCAAAUGAGAAAGAGAAGCAAAAACGCAAGAGGUCUACACGCAGGAUCCCAAGUGCAGGGGGUCUAACUAGGAAUGAAGCUCAGAAUCUUAUUAUUCCUGCAGCUAAGCCCGUUGAACAGCCUGUUAUUCAACAUUCCGUACCUGCGGCCCCGGAGCCUAGACCCCGCAUACGAGCGCCACAACGCUGCAGCAAUUGCAAUACUGUUGGGCAUACAAGAAUAAGAUGUCCUCAACUUCAUGUAAUUUAA